AGCUAUAAGCUGCGUGACGGCCGGCUAUUUGCUACGUGCAUAUUCAGUUUCCGCGUUCGUGUAUGUAGUUUUAAAACUUUAAAAACUUGAUGUCCUCUUGGAAGUUGAUGGUUAAAUUUAUGGAUAAUACUUAAAAGUAAAUUUAACGGACCAGGUUUAAGUGACGUGAGUGCGCAAACAAUACAAGCACCAAAUUGACGUUUUAUAUGUGAUGCUAUGUGAUCUCCUUUUGGAACUAAUUUGGGUAAUGGUUGACCCAUUUAAAGUAUUUUGGGUAUUAACAAACAGUACCUACAUAGUUACUAAGUUCAUCCGGAUUGGAAUCGCUGAUAAAAAUGACAGUCCUCCUUAUUUUGAAAAGGCGUUUUAUGAAGCGGAAGUCGACGAGAAUGAAGAUCUUCAACAUACAAUACUUACCGUUACCGCCAAAAGUCACUAUGAUUCGUCCCGUCUUCGAUACGAGAUUACAGGCGGUAACGUAGGAGGCGUUUUCGCUGUCAAGAAUACGACUGGUGAUAUUUAUUUAGCAGGACCUUUAGACUACGAAACAAGGAAUAUGUACGAACUAAAGCUAUCAGCAUUUGAGAAAUCUAAAGAAAACUCUACCGUUGUAGUCAUUAAAGUUAGGGACGUAAACGAUAAUCCUCCUGUUUUUGAACGAUCGACCUUCCGAACUCAAAUCACCGAAGAAGACGGCCGAAAUCUACCCAAAUCUAUCUUAAACGUUACUGCAACGGAUGGAGAUAUAGAAAGACCUCAAAAUAUAGUCUACUUUUUAACUGGACAAGGAAUUGACCCUGACAAUCCUGCCAACAGCAAAUUUAAAAUUAACAAAACAACUGGAGAAAUAUCUGUCCUGAAGCCAUUGGAUAGGGAUCUUCCUAACGGUCGGCCACAAUGGAGAUUUACUGUUUUUGCUCAAGACGAAGGAGGUGAGGGCCUUGUAGGUUAUGCUGAUGUGCAAGUGAACCUUAAGGACAUUAACGACAAUGCUCCCGUGUUUCCUCAUGGUGUUUAUUAUGGAAAUGUUACUGAAAAUACAACAGUCGGAGCGUACGUUAUGACCAUGAAUGCUAUUGAUUAUGAUGAUCCUUUAGAAGGUGGCAAUUCUCGGUUAGUCUACUCAAUCGAGAAAAACGUAAUAGAAGAAGAAACUGGAUCGGCAAUAUUUGAAAUUGAACCUGAUACGGGAGUGAUCAGAACUUCCGUUUGCUGUCUCGACCGUGAACGUACCCCUGAUUAUUCCAUUCAGGUGGUGGCAAUCGAUGGCGGUGGAUUAAAAGGAACGGGGACAGCUAGUGUUCGAGUCAAAGAUAUUAACGAUAUGCCGCCCUCGUUUACUAAACCAGAAUGGUUUGCGGAAGUAGAUGAAACAUAUGGUGAAAUUUUGCCGGAAAUGCCUAUAUUGACUGUGACCGUACAUGAUGAGGAUGAAACCAACGAGUUUCAGUAUGAGGUUGUAGAAAAUAGUGGUUAUGGUGCCGAAAAAUUUGCCAUGGUACGAAACAAUGAUGGAACCGGAUCCCUUAAAGUGGUUCAGCCCCUGGAUUUUGAAGACUAUUUACAGAGCAAAGGUUUUAGAUUUCGAAUCCAAGUUAUUGACAGGGGGGAUAAUAAUAAUGACAAAUAUCAUGUUGCUUAUUCUUGGGUUAUUGUAAAACUACGUGAUGUGAAUGACAAUGAACCAAUUUUUGAAAAACCAAAUAUUAAAGUUAGUAUAUUGGAAAAUGCGGAAGUUGGAAAGAGUUUGGAGAGAUUUAAAGCUACGGAUCCUGACCAGAAUGGUAAGAGUAAGGUUUCAUACUUAAUUGACCGAAAGUCAGAUCGCGAAAGACAAUUUGCCAUAAAUCAGGAAGGAAUUGUUAGCAUUCAGAGACCUUUAGACAGAGAAAAAAUGGAACAACACGUAAUCAAAAUUUUGGCAAUAGACGAUGGAAAUCUGGCAAGAACUGCUACGGCAACUUUAACUGUAAUAGUAGAGGACGUAAAUGAUAAUGCUCCAAGAUUACUUAAAGAUUACAAGCCUGUUAUCGUAGAACAUGCAAAAAUUAAGAAGGUUGUUGAAAUAUUUGCAACGGAUGAUGAUGAUCCAAAAAAACAUAACGGCCCACCUUUCCAGUUUAAAAUAGAUCCUAGUGCUAGCAAAUUUGUAAAAGACAGUUUUAGAAUCGAGCAAGGUCAAAAGAGCACAAAUAAGGAUGAUAUGGCGAUAAUUACAACCUUAAGACAGUUUGAUCGAGAAGAUCAAAAGGAAUAUCAUAUUCCCAUUGCCAUUAAGGAUAGUGGUAAUCCUGCAAUGACUGGUACAAGCACAAUAACCGUUAUUAUUGGUGACAUCAACGAUCAUAAAAUGCAACCAGGAUCGAAGAAUAUUUUUGUGUAUAAUUACGAAGGUCAAUCUCCGGAAACGGAAAUAGGGCGGGUUUACGUUUACGAUUUGGAUGACUGGGACCUGCCAGAUAAGAAGUUCUAUUGGGAGAAUAACUUGGAACAUCCAAGAUUUAAACUACAGGAAGAUACGGGGAUGAUUUCAAUUCGACACGGAACUAAAUAUGGAGUUUAUAAUUUAAAAUUUAAGGUAUACGAUCGAAAACACGGACAAGCAGAUAUUUCGGCAAAUGUUACUGUAACCGUUAAAGAAAUAUUAUAUAAAGCAGUUAUAAAUAGUGGUUCUAUUAGAAUAUCAGGAAUAACGGAUGAAGAAUUUAUACGAGAAUGGAACUAUAAAUUACUGAAAAGUUCAAGAUCUAUAAUGGACAGACUUACAGAUAAAAUAGCGGAAUUACUGAAUAUUAAUCGCAAAAAUGUUGACAUAUUUAGUGUUCAACUUCAACGAAGACAAGAUCCUCCUGUCACUGAUGUAAGGUUUUCUGCUCAAGAGGAUGGCCUUUAUUUUAAACCCGUUAAAUUAAACGGAAUUAUUUUGAUGCAUCGAGAUGAGAUACAAAAGGCUAUUGGAAUAAACAUUACAAUGGUAGGCAUCGAUGAGUGCCUCUACGAAAACCAAGUGUGCGACGGAUCCUGCACAAACACGUUAGAUAUAAGCGCCCUUCCCUAUAUGGUAAAUGCUAACAAAACGGCUUUAGUAGGUAUACGAGUAGAUAACAAAGCAGAAUGUACCUGUGGUGGAAGAAAUUUUACAAAAGAAGAAAAUUGCCGAAAUACGCCCUGUUAUAAUGGUGGACUAUGCAGUGAUUUAAAAUCUUCUUUAUCAUGUUCCUGUUCAUCAGCAUACACUGGACAACGUUGCCAACAAACAACACGAAGUUUUCGGGGUAACGGAUGGGCCUGGUACCCUCCACUUGACAUGUGUGAUAAAAGCCAUCUCCAUUUUGAAUUUAUAACCAAAACCAGUGAUGGCUUGUUAUUGUAUAAUGGUCCUAUAGUGCCACCAAAAGAAGACGAAAUCAUCGUUUCUGACUAUAUUGCUGUCGAGUUGGAAAGAGGGUAUCCUAGAUUACUGAUAGAUUUUGGAUCUGGUACUCUGGAGUUAAGGGUAAAGACGAAAACAUCUUUGGAUGAUGGAGAGUGGCAUAGGUUGGAUAUAUUUUGGGACACCGAGAAUGUUAGAAUGGUGGUUGAUUUUUGCAAAAGCGCUGAUAUUGCUGAAUCCGAAGAUGGUACUAUAUCCGAAUUCAACGACUCCAUCUGCCAAGCUCAGGGUACCGUCCCUCCUUUUAGUGAAUACCUAAACCUAAAUACGCCAUUGCAGUUGGGUGGUUUGUAUGUAGACCAGUUUGACCCUACUUACUAUCACUGGAAAUAUAUGCCAGCAGGCAAAAGUUUUGAUGGUUGUAUAAAGAACUUUUUUUUAAAUUCUCAACUGUAUGAUUUGGCACAUCCAGGACUAUCUAAGAAUAGUAUGGCUGGAUGUCCACAGACUGAUAAAAUUUGUCAAAGCUCGGAUACUACUGCCAGGUGUUUUGCACAUGGAAGUUGCUUCGGCAGUAUGAACGAAGCAAAAUGUCAUUGUCAUCCUGGUUUUACCGGACCUUCAUGUACCUCUCCUACAACCCCGGUUACUUUUCAGGCACAAUCUUAUGUAAAAUAUGCACUAAGUUUUGAACCGGAUCGCUUCUCGACCCAAAUACAACUUCGAUUUCGAACUCGAGAACCCCAAGGUGAACUAUUUCGUGUUUCGGAUCAGCAUAAUCGUGAAUACGCAAUAUUAGAAAUUAAACAUUCUAGACUAUGUUUUCGGUACAACCUAAAUUCGCAUCGAAAUAUUGAAAAAACAAUUUGGUUAAAUGAAGUUCUUGUGGACGAUGGUCAAUGGCACAUCGCCAAAGUUUCGCGGUACGGUAGUGCGGCAAUAUUAGAACUAGAUGGAGGUGAAGGGAGAAGGUUAAAUGAAACAUUUAAUUUUAGUGGACAUCAGUGGUUGUUUGUAGAUAAGCAAGAAGGUGUAUAUUCGGGUGGAAAAGCGGAGUAUACGGGAAUAAGGACGUUUGAAGUUUAUGCUGAUUAUCAAAAUGGUUGCAUUGACGAUAUUCGUCUAGAUGGUAAGCAACUACCAUUACCGCCAGCCAUGAACGGCACCCAAUGGGGUCAAGCUACUGUGGCCAGAAAUCUGGAUCGUGGCUGUUUCUCCAGUAUACAAUGUAAAAAUGUUCAUUGUCCUCAACCAUUUGAAUGUGUUGAUUUGUGGAACGAUUUUGAUUGCACAUGUGGCGAGGGUCGUGUAAUAUCAGCAGAUUCCACGGACUGCAUUGAUAAGGACGAAUGUCUGGAUCUACCAUGUCUCAAUGGAGGGACCUGCAUUAAUUUGGAACCCAUCUUUAAAUAUAGAUGCAAUUGCCCUGCUGAGUAUUGGGGCGAAAAUUGCGAAAUACUUCUAGAAGGGCAGAUUUUAAAAUUAUCGAUUGGUGCCUUUGCAGCCAUUUUAGUUUGUCUAUGUAUAAUGUUUUUUUUUCUGAUAAUCUUCGUCAUAUACAACCUGAAAAAAGAUACCCAUACCAAAGACCAAGGAAGUGCUGAAGAUGAUGUAAGAGAAAAUAUUAUAAACUAUGAUGACGAGGGAGGUGGCGAAGAUGAUAUGACUGCCUUCGAUAUUAAGCCACUUCAAAUUCCCAUUAAUGGAAAUCAUCCCGACUUGGGUUUAUCACAACACACAGAUGGCCAAGAACGAAACAUCGCUGCUUAUCUUGAACACUGUAAAAAAAAUAGUGACGCUGACCCUAAUGCGCCACCGUUUGACGACUUACGGAACUACGCAUAUGAAGGCGGCGGCAGUAUCGCUGGUUCAUUAAGUUCAUUAGCUUCUGGUACCGAAGAGGAACAUCAAGACUAUGGUUACUUAAAUUCAUGGGGUCCUCGAUUUGAUAAACUGGCUUGUCUAUAUACCUCUGACGUGGUGGAAUAAACAUAGCGAAAAAUAAUUAUCAGUAAUAAAUAUUUGGUUUAGUAAAAUUAAUUUGAGUUUAUAUUAUUUUAUUAAUUAUUUAUCAUUACAAAUUUAUUAAUUGGAACUCUAUGUUAAAUGAUUAAAUAUAAAUUGUUUACAUAAAUUUGUAAUAUGCAAAGUAAGGAACCUACAUAUGACGGCUAUAUAUUCCAGGAAGCAACAAGCAAUUUGUAAAAACGAUUCAAAUAAUAAAUAAUAUUUAUAACAGAAAAAGGAAACUAAAAUCAUGAAAAUUAGCUAAAAUUUUUCAACUAAAUGCUAUACCCCUAGUCAUAACAACUUAUAUUUGCUACAGCCUUUUUUGAAAUUUUUUGAUAAAUAUUUUUUUUACUCAUGGUCCAGAAAAUUUUUACUAGCAUUAGCAAAAAUGGCCAAUAUUAUGUUAAUCAGCAAUGUCCUAAAGUAUCCGUGGGUAAUGAAGGACUUGCAUAAGUAAGUUUUCUAAGUAAUAUUUACAAAAUGUAAUAAAUAUAAACCAAAUAAUUAAAAAUUCAUCAUCUAAAAUUGCUUUGGAAAUACAUAUUUUUAUGCGCAGGUGAGAGGGGACGUUCUCGUCCUGACGUCAAAAGUUAGUUCGAAGUGUUCAAUGAAAUUUUAAAAUUUUAAACACGUGAAUUUGUAAAGCAUAAAUAUCUAGUUUUUCUGUAUAUAUUUAAAUUAGAUUUCAAUUUUUAGAUUUAUCUAGAAUCAUUGCAAGUCAUACAAUCAAAAUAUUCUGAUAGUUUUGGCAUUUUUAGUUAUACUAAAAGUAUGUGUAUAUGACAUAUUUGGUAAUCCAAAUAAAAUACCCUAAAUAUUUAUUACUCAACAAUGUCGACUGUCUUGAAUAACUUUAAAGCCGAUAUUUUUUUCUUAAAGAGUUUUGGCUCUAUAAUCCUAAAAAGCCGAUACUGGCUCUAUUUUUUAUUGUUAUUAACCUAAAAUGGUUAAGAUGAAAAACUUCAUGAUACUUAAAUUAUUUUUAUGGAAUGAAAAAUGUAAUAAUAUCCAGAAUAUUCUAAACUUGAAUAAAUUUUUUUUAAUGAACCUUUUUUCAUAGUAUAUCUAGUGCAAAAUGUAACCAACAAAUAAUUUUCAUAUUUGCUUAAUGGAAACAAUUAAAAUGCUAUAAAAACACUAUUCUUAUUAAGCAUUUACACUUGAAGCCCGCAGCAAAAAUAUCGAUUAACUAACAAGUGACGUCAUGAACCGUAUCUCAUGAUCUCAUGUCUUUUCAAACUUUAAAGUAAUAUAGCUUUUGAAAAGGUUGAAGAGGUCAAAGUAAAGGCUCGCUAGCAGUUCAUACUAGUCAAGAUUUUUAAUAUUCUUUAUCCAGGAUUUGUUAUUUAUCCGGACAGGAAUCCAAAUUAAUUACCUUUUAAAAUAGUGUCUUAUGUAACGAAUGACGUUAGUUUAAUAUAUAUUAAUACUUUUUUACAGAGAGCCGAUGUUUUAGGAAUUAUAUAAAUUGCAAAUUUAAUAAAUUGGGCAAUGUGUUUAAAAAAGACAAUUUGUGAGAGAGAUAUCUGAUGUUAUUUAUACCUAAAUUAUAAAAUUUAUUUUGAAUUAAUAAUUUUUAGUAAUAUUCUUAACUCAAUAACAUCAAAAGUAUCAUAUUGGAGCAAGUAAUAACUAACAAGUAAUGAAAUUAAUCGUUUUAAACAAAGUUUUUCUUUUAUAAAAAUAAGUAUUAAAUUUACUACACAUAAUUAGAAAUCAAAGUUAUUUUGGGCUUAUGGAUUUCAGGGACAAAAUGUAAUCCCUUUUUGUUAUAUCAAAGCAGUUUAAUCUAUGACUAACGCUUUUCACAAAGCAUUGCUUAACGUCAAUGUAUUGUCGGCUUAUAAGUUAUUGAUUUUGCCAACUUAUAUCAUUAUUAUUGCCAUUAUGCAUUUUCUUACUUUUAAUGAGUUAGUUAUUUUAUUAGGUAUUACGUCACCUAGGUAAUAUCGAUUAAAACCAAAAAUUACAUAAGAGGUAUUUAAUAUGAUAUAAAUGAGAAAGAGCUUUAGGUCUUAAUCUUCUUUUAAGUAAAUUAACUUGUGGUGACUUGGGGCUAGAUAGUAAGUGACUGGUAGGCCUAAUACCUGAUCUAAUAAUUGAUAUUAGUUUCCUCUCUAUUAUAAAAAUUAUUUCAAAUUGUUAUAUGCUAAAUAUAUGUAAAACCGUACUAGCAAUGCCAAGGACCUAAUCUCCCUAUAACUGACAUUUAAGAAUAAAUAUGUAAGUCAAUAUGCAAAAGGCGUCUUAUACUUAAUUAACGUUUAACGUUUUAAACUGAAUUAACAAGUUUUUGCAUAUUGCUUUAAAUAAAAAUAAUAAAUAUGUUUCUUCAGAUAAUAUAGGUCUCUUAGUAUUGGCCACUUUUUUAUACACUUUCAAGUAAUAAAGUGUAAAGCAUUUUUAUACUUUUAUUUAAAGGAAAGUAAAAGCAAUAAUUAGAUACUUUUUGAAAAACAAAAAAAUAUACUUUUUUAAUUUUUUUCCGCAGUUGAAUUUUAUUUCCUAUAUUUUGCUGCAGCAGAAAAUGAAUUGUGUAAAUAGACAGUUGUGCAAGUGGCACUACAUUAGCUCAAUUUGUAAAUCGUUUACCACUCAGAGAUUUUUUUUAUUGAAUCAAAAUGUUUUCACGUUCGUGCUACUUAUGCUUAAAUAUUUUAGGUCUUUUCAUCCGAUUUUUUUGUCUAUAGAAUUAGUGAUA